AUGUCCUCCUUUGAUGACACUGGAGACUGCAAGGCACUUGACUCCAUCCACAUUGUUGCCCACUCCAUCAACAUCGAGCGGUAUCAUUCCAGCCAGUCAAAAGAAGCUGGCGAGUUACGGAACAAACUUUCUGGUCUUGGCAAGAGCCCAAAUGAAAGCUACUUGAACCCAAUCAGGACCUAUGAAACAAACACAACAGGACAAGUACUGACCACAGUAGCUGGAAUAACUGGAGUUGUGAUAACUGUGGCUUUAAUUCUGAUCAUGACUUCAUCCACAGAGCUCAUCAGAAGGUCAUGCUAUGAGGUUUUCUGGUACACCCACCACCUCUUUGUGGUUUUCUUCACUGGUUUAAUAAUCCAUGGUAUGGGUCAGCUUGUCCGAGGUCAGACACCCCAGAGUCUGCUGCUUCACAAUGUCACCUACUGUAAAGAUCACUACUGGGAAUGGGAGAACGCCACUCAGUGCCCUUUGCCAGAGUUUUCUGGCAACAAACCUGUGGCUUGGAAGUGGGUUUUAAGUCCUAUGGUGUUGUACAUCUGUGAAAGAAUUGUUAGGUUUUGGAGAUUUCGACAGGAAGUCAUAAUUACAAAGGUGGUGACGCAUUCCUCUGGAGUCCUUGAGCUCCACAUGAAGAAACAUGGCUUUAAAAUGGGAGCUGGACAAUAUAUAUUUCUACAGUGCCCAUCAGUGUCACAGCUGGAGUGGCACCCUUUCACCCUCACCUCAGCUCCUGAGGAGGACUACUUCAGUGUCCACAUACGGCUCGUUGGGGAUUGGACUGCAGCCCUUUUCAAGGCCUUUGGAGCUGAGGAAAAAGCUCUGAAGGAAUUGUGGAUGUUACCGAGACUGGCUGUGGAUGGACCAUAUGGAUCUGCAACCACAGACAUCUUCCACUACCGAGUCAGUGUGUGCAUUGCAGCAGGAAUUGGAGUCACACCAUUUGCCUCUAUUUUAAAAUCCAUUUGGUACAAAUGCCGCAACCCUAACACAGUACUGGCACUGCAGAAGGUUUAUUUUUACUGGAUUUGUCGAGACCCAUCAGCAUUUGAAUGGUUUGCUGAUCUUUUGUUCCAUUUGGAAACAAAAAUGGCUGAAAAAUGGAAAAAUGAUUUUCUAAGCUAUCAUAUAUUUCUUACCGGCUGGGAUGAAAGUCAGGCUACUCACAUAGCCCUACAUUGUGAUGACAAGAUGGAUGUAAUUACUGGUUUGAGACAGAAAACCUGUUAUGGAAGGCCAAACUGGGACAAUGAGUUCAAGAAACUAGCUGAAAACCAUCCUAGCAACAGCAUUGGUGUAUUCUUCUGUGGACCCAAGGCUCUCUCUAAGAUCCUGCAGAAGACAUGCAACUCAUACUCGUCUGUUGAUCCAAGAGGAGUUCAGUUUCACUAUAACAAAGAAAGUUUCUAGGCUGUACUUCUUAACUGUACAAUAAAUAUUACCAGACUGUGUAUUUUUUUUCCCAUCUUUUCCCAUCCUCUACUCAUUCUGCAGCAUUCAGGUCGAAUACUAAGAGUUGCAAAUUGAAAUAGAUGUACUGACUUCAGUAGAAAAUGCCAUCCUAUGGCAGCUAAAGAUUUGCACCCCCUCCUUAGCCUUUUCUUUGCUUACUGAAUAAUGCUGUGAAUCCCUCUACCUGUGUGAAAACACACACAAACCCUAACCUUUGAAGAAAAAGGCAUGAGUAAAAUGGAUAUUCAGAGAUGUACUUUGCUGUUGUGUAUGAUUGCAGACAAUACAUUCCUGCUGUUUAAGUCAUGCCCAUUGAAAGCAUUUCCUUCCUGGUUUUCUGAUUUUACACUCCCACUGCACACACAUCCAUAUCCACAUUACAUUUUUACCACAGCAACAUCAUUUCUAUACACCCUGUCAAAUUCCAAAGGAGUAAAUUUGUUUUGCCCCACCAAGCUGCAUGCCAUUUAGACCUUACAUUUCCAUGGGAAUGGUGUCUGUGUAUCCCAUGGACUAAUAGGUACUUAGGUUUAAUAGGCUAAGGAAACUCCAGAAAUUUUUUGCACUCAGCAAAUGGAUCUCGUGAGACAUGCAACUGAAACUGUGGAAAAAAUGUUUCAUGACAGAAUGAAUGAGGUAGGAAGGCACCCCUUGCUUCUG